CUCAGAGCUAUAUGGCUUACAAAUUAAUGGCCCCAAAGCAAUACUGCAUUCUUAUUCUUCUACUAUUCAUCUUUCCAGAAGAUGCUACCUGCAAAUCCCACCACCAUCAUCACAAGCAUCAGCAAGAAUAUGAACUUACAUCCCUCCAUUUCAGCCUCUUUCAACACGAAACCAUAAAUAAAACCGGCUACAUCAUAGUGAAUGGUGUUGCAGGGCCGGGAGUUAGUCAAACAACCACCCCUUUCGGUACCUUGUUUGCCUUCCAAGAUCCGAUGACUCUCACUGCAAAUCGAACUUCAAAGAUGGUCGGCACUGCUCAAGGGACAUCCAUCACAUCCAGUUUGGACGGGAUGCAAAGCAUUUCCAUCGCUAAGAUCACACUGAAUAUGAAGCGCCACAAAGGUUCCAUAUCGAUUGUUGGAGCAACAGACAACUUAAAGCCGUCAGAUCAUCCUGUCGUGGGAGGCACUGGUGAUUUUUUAUUUGUUCAAGGCUAUGUGACAUCUUCUCCUGUGAAUCUAAAGGGGAUGACAGUUACCUACAAGAUUGAGUUUCACCUCUACUGGCCUCCAUAUGCCACUCAAAAGAGGCAAAAGACCUCGAUAUAGGGGUGGAACAUCUUUUGCUUUCUUGGAGGUAUCCUCAGAUGUUCCAAAUCUAUAGAUAAAGCCUAUAAAGCAUUCCUGUUGUGAAGUUCUUUCCAAUGAAAAUAAAUUUAUGAACUUGCCAUUUAGCAGUCUAUUACUCCAACAUUAUAUCCAAAUAAGACAAAUACAUAUAGUUGUCACAAUACAUGUAUUGGUCCAUUUCAUGGCAUGCAUUAGAUAUUUAAAAGUCAAAAGUAAACAACAGACAACAGUUUUCAGGGUAUUUAU